UAAUCCUGCCAUGCCACCCCACUUUUUGAAAAGAUUCGUAGGGGCGUGGUGUAUAAUAUUUUUGACACUGUCAUAGGCAUUUCAUAUAUAGGCUGCAACAACGCACUGUAGUCUCUAACCAACACUUCAGUAAUUUUCCUUGCCCUCCAUUUCAGAAUAAUAGUGUUUUAAGCCGAUAACUCGACACUAGCACUGGCAAUAAAUAAAAAGCGCAGCUUUCCAGCCCUUAUCUCAUUGGCCACACUUCGCUGCACAUCGGUGUGAAUCUGGUGGACUCUUCCAUCUUCUUCUCGUCAUGGGGGUGGGGGAUUGUGAGGGGCCUCACAAGUGGAAUAGCCUAGGGCUUCGCUUCAUCUAAAUCCGGCCCUGUUCUGUGUGGAGACGUCGGACGCUAGGAGUGGGCCGGGUUAAACCGGGAUAUUGCCUCCACCGACUUCAAGCUUGGCUGCAGGAGGAACCACCGGGACACAACAAUAGAGAGGGUUGUCGGUUCAUGAGAAAUGUUCCAGUACAUUAGGCAGCUCAGUGACGACGCAGUAGAGCUGCUGCCUUCCAGCGCCAGAUACCCGGGUUUGUUACUGGCUACGUUUGCUGUCUGUAUGUCCGGAGUUUGUGCGUCCUCCCCGUGACACGCGUGUGUUUUCUCCGAGAUGUUCGUUUUUUCCCCACACUCCGACGAUGUACAGGUUAGUAGGUUAAUUGGCUUGGUCUAAGUGUAAAUUGUCAAUAGUGUGUGUAGGAUAUUGUUAAUGUGUGGGGAUCGCUGGUGGGUGCGAUCUUGGAGCACGUCGUUGAGGGAGGAACUAUCGCAAUGUUGAAGAAGUAACUAGACAGGUGCAUGGAUAGGACAGAUUUUGAGGGAUAUGUGCCAAACGCAGACGGGUGGGACUUGUGUAGGUGGUCGAUGUGGGUAAGUUGGGCCGAAGGUCCUGUUUCCACACUCUAUGACUUGAUGACACACAUUUGGUUUGGUUAAUGUAAUGUCAAGAAAACACACAGCUGUUUCUAAAUGUUGUGUUUUACCAAUGUGUGUUGCUUACUAACGUGUCUGAUCAUUUCUGCAACAGGAUCGGUGCUAUUUUCUAUUUCCAGCAUGGGUAGUCCUGGAUGGAAAGGCAGAUUUGCAUUUGUUCUUUGCAUCACCAUCACCUUGUCUUGUCCAAUUACCCGAGCAGCUAGAAUAUUGGUCGUGCCUGUUGAUGGGAGUCACUGGAUCAAUAUGAAAUGUUUGAUAGAAGAGCUGAACCUUCGUGGCCACAGCAUCUCUGUGCUCAGUCAGUCAACAUCCUUGUAUAUCAAAGAGAGCCCCGACUUGUAUCCAUCCAUUAUGAUUCAAAUGCCAAGAGAAUCUGAAAAUUACAACCUUUUGGAAAAUAUUGUACAAAAAACAUUGGAAAACCUACAGAAAGGCUCAACAGUCUGGGGAAAAAUUAAUCUCCAAUAUGAAAUGUUGAUGUUUAUGUUUGAGUAUCAUCAAUGGGCGAAAGAGAUAAUCAAAGCAUUAUUCGAAAACAAUAGCUUGUUGAACCAACUUGAAAAUGCAAAUUUUGAGUUAAUACUUACAGAUCCGGCAUUUGGUAUGGGGUCAAUGCUUCCUUAUUAUUUAAAACUACUGGAGUAACUCAGCGGGAC